GAAGUUGUUGUUUUACAUAGUCAUAGUCUUGUGUCCCAGAAACAAACCAAACCAAUAUAAUAUGACAUGUUAACAGCCCAUUUAGAAAUUCAAAGUCUACUUUCAAAAUCUGGAAUAUCCAUCAUUGUUGUGUCCCUCGCGUACAACUAGGAACUAGGAACCAUGCAAUAUGAACAAUUUCGAAUAUACGUGCAUUCAGAAAUCUGACAAUCUGGUUCUUUUUUAUAAACAUUAAAAGCUGAUCUCGUUCAGACAACUCGCUUAUAUUUGCGACAAUGAAUUUUUAUAUUUGAUGAGCAGAAUGCACUAUUCAUCAUAGUAAAAAAAAGUCGAGGGUCAUAUUAAGUUUGCUAAUAAAGAGACAGCCCUGAUCAACAGUAUUAUGCUAGGGACAUUUAAGGUCAACAUUUGUACAGGUUGUUCGUGUGACUGAGUAUUCAUGAUGAUUACAUCCAGUAAUACAACUGUUGGAGCCAAGGAAGAAGGAGAAUUAACAGAUGAUGACUGUGAUGAGAACUCAACUGAGCAAAACAAACAAAAUCAACAUUCUGCUAUCUUAAAAGAUAUUCCCAUUAAAAAGAACUUCUCCAAAUAUGAUCCUAGCAAUGAUCUGAAUCAUUUUAAAUCCAAAAGAAGAGAUGGAAGAAAUAGGCGAGUUGAGUCUAGCAGAAGCUACAGAUAUCUAGAGGAUGGUGGCAAUAGACACAGGCAGCAUGAGUCGGGACAAAAGAUACAGGCAGAAAUCCCUCAACAGUCUAAAAUGUGGCAAAAGCGGCGUUUUAGAGCCUCCUCUGUUCGACCCUUAUCUCCAUUGAAGGUCACAAAAGUUCUGCCUCCUAAAAUCAAUGGAUCUCCCAAGUCAGAACAUGGUGAUGAUUUGAUUGAUUGUACAGAAGAUGAGCUAGUUCUAAGACAGGCUCUAAUACAAGAUCAGUUAAAACAUUUGGAGGAAGAGGAGAAAGCCUUUGGAAAUCAUGCUAAACUUGACACAAGUCAAACAAAUGUCAAGGUGUCUGAAAAAGCUGAUGCCUUUGAUGAAGGUAGAGCUUAUCCAAUUGUAAUACAGGAAAGCACACUUUUGAAUGAGGAGACAGAGAAAUAUAUUGUCAUUGAGGAUGAAAAAAGUGAUGUUGAACUGAGAAGAUUAGCCUUAGCUACAAGUGAAAGGCACAACCGUAAUUUAGUUUCACUCAGAACACCAACUGUAACAGGUUAUGUUGACUUAGAGACAAGAGGUGUAGAUGCCACAGAGGUGAUUGAUCUUGUCAAUGAGGAAGAGGAGGAGAAAAAGAAGAUACAGAGUGGGACCCAACUUUGUCAAGACAAACCUAAAUUGAAGACGAGGCGUAAAACAGAUGUGUCAACUAAAGGUCAAUCAGCAGUCAAGUCAAGAAGCAGAAAUGACCUCAGGUCCACUGUCCAGAGAGUCAACAAAGACAAGCAAAAGAAGACUAAAAGAGAUGCUGCAAAAACUCCAUUAUCUGAGCACAUGCCUAAGAGCAGUAGAAAGUUGGAUGAAGGUGCUUUUGCAGAAAAGUGUGAGCAUUUGAGAUUAUUGGCUCAAAAAGAUCCAAAACUAGCCAUUGAGCAGUUUUCAAAACUUAUUAAUGACAAAGAACAACAGAUUUCAGUCACUGGAACCAUGAAGGACUUUAAGAGGCAAAGGAAAAUUCCAGUUUUAAGUGAGAAGUUUAAUUUUCACAGCCAUAAAUUAUUUCCUAAAAAGAACCUAGAUUUAAAAAGUAAAUUUACAAGGAAAUCUCUUGAUAGGAAAUCUGGCCUAACGGAGGACAACUAUGAUGAAGUGGCAAUGGAGAUAGAGAGUGAUGCAGAAAAAGAUGAGCAUCCUUCACCUUUAGAUAACCUCCAACUUGGAGAAGACUUUAUGCAAGCCAUGCAGCCAUUAUUGCCUUAUAGUGUACCUGCUCCAACAGCUCCACCUCAUUAUCAACAUUCUACUUUCUCUACACAUCCAUAUUAUAGUUCAUUUAUCUUGUCAGCACCCCUGCCUCCUCCAAUGCCACUUUUACCUCCACCUCCACCACCUCCGCCACCUGAUAAGAAUGAAUCCCAGUUCAAAGUGUCAGGAAGUGACUUUGUCCAGAGUCGACAGCACCACUUUGCUACUCACCCAACACAUAGUGGAUAUGCACCAACUGAAGCCAGUGUUUAUGGACCUGAGUCUAUAGCCAGACAACUCCAUGAAUUGCGGGAAGCUCAGAACUCUUCUGGAUAUCUCACAUCCUCCAAAUCAUUUUCAUACAAGCCACCUUCUAAUUCUCAAAGAUUUGUAUUCUCUGAAGAAAACAGGCUUCCUUUAAGACCUAAGAUUGAUUAUUCCUCCUUGAAUGAUUUUGAAUUUGAGAAGAAAAAAGACUCUAAUUGCAUACAAAAUAUGCAACCAAAAAUACAUGCCUCAACUGAAAAAGAGAAACGUUCUUCACCAUUGUCUGAUGUAAGAGAAGUCAGUCAGAAUUUUGUCAUUCAAGUCCAAAACAAUUCCACUGGUAACAGAAAAGUUCACCAAAAAAGUGAUAGAUCACCUACACCUUCAUACAAUGACUAUGAUGACCAGCAAAGACCUCUAACUGUGUUGGAUAAUAAUAUAUUGGAUGAUAACAUGGAAAGCUUGUCAAGAUCACCUUCUCAGUAUUCUGUAAGGUCCAGCAGGCACUCUUAUUUCUCCCCCAGUCCUCCUCUUGUUGUAAAGAAAUACCCAAGAGAUAAAAUAAAAACAUCUGAAGAGGCUUAUGAACCUUUAGUGUUAAGGGAACAUUACAGAGACAAAUAUCUCAGUACAGAAAAAAGCUGUUUCAGUUAUUCAAAAGAAGUCAGAGAUGGGGUGGCAUUGAGCCCCCAUGAAGCAACCAGAAAUAGAAUAUCCUUGAGCCCACAUGACUCUGUCAGGGAUAACAAAACAUCUAAACGGAAUCGUCCCUUUUUAUCACCAGAAAGGCAGGAUAAGUCCCUCAUCUAUGAAAGCUUUAGCCUCUAUGAGCCGCAAGCACCACCAAAUAAACAAAAGAGAUAUUCCAGUCCACCUCCUUACAUUCCAACAAGUAUAAAGCAGAAAAAGUCCUCUGAUUCUGAAGAGGAUGACUACAUUAUGAGGGAAAAACUUUUAGCAACUGUGAUUGGCAAGAGGAAGUCGAAAUUAGAGGUGCUUUCCAACUGUUCAUCUCCAUCGGGCAUGUCGCCAAAAUAUCAUCAUACAGCUUACUCAGAAGAAAGAUCUAAUUAUACUGAUACCAAUGAUAAUGUCAUGUCAGCAUCUGAUUGGAAGAUGGUUCCAGCUACUUCUUCUGGGGAUGAGACAGAUGAAGAAAUAAAGCCGCCUCCAGUAUUGAGCAGGCUUUUCCGUUCCUAUGUAGAGCUGAAACAGCCCCAUACUCUGGCUGUGCUGUGUAAAUUAACAAUGUUAAAGUCUAAAGCAUGUCUAGGUAAUAUGUCUAGUGAAUUCAGAGCAAAUGAAAAUAGCAUAGACACUAUUGGUUCUCAGAGCAAGGAACCAAAUGAAUCUGUAUCAAAUGUAUCAGGGGCUUUAGAAGAAAAACUUGUUGAGGAGCAGUUAACAUCAUCUGAGAAUGUGCUUACCAUUACUACUGAAUCUUCAUUCAGUGUAAAAAUACAGGACAAUGUGCUAAAAGAAACACAGGCAAAAGUGUCAAACAUAGCUGACAGAUUGGGGCCAGACAAAUCUUCUGAACCAACAGAGGUCCUCAGGAGAUUAGGGCCAGAGAAAUCUUCUGAACCAACAGAGGUCCUCAGAAGAUUAGGGCCUCAACUCAAACCCAAUUUGGCUACAAAAUUUACUUCAGCUCGAAACAUUUUAGCAACAUCUGAACAAUCCAACGAUCAAACGGCUUCAAAAUCUUCCACUCCUGAGCGUAUCGUUUCUGUAGGUGAUAAAUCAUCAAAAGAAACUCUGACAGAUAAAAUAACUCAUGAAUUAUCAGUGUUAAGAGAGAAAACUGAACAGUUGGUUACCAGAAAAAGUGGUUUUAUGGAGGCUUCGUCUUUGAUUAUAAGAACCCCAACUCAGCAAGGCCAUACUCGUCAGGUUUUGACACAAGACACUCUGACUCAAGUUUACCCACAAAAGCGACCUUUUAACAGUUCUCAGUUAUUGCCCAUUCAUCCCCAAGUUGUAGUGCCUUUGGUUUCAUCAGACAGUGAAGAGGAAAUCAUUGAAAAGCUUGACACCUUGAGAAAAACUGAGACAUUGUUAGAUCCAUCCAGCACAAGGAAUGAGUUUGAGUUGUUGAAGAAAGAAGAGACUUACCUCAUGUUAUACAAACAGAAGAUUUAUAAGGAGCAGGGACUGGUGAAACAGUUGUUGGAGAAAGCCAUGAAGAUUGUGAAAGCUCAGCAGGGAGCAGAAGUAAAGAGAAAGAAAAUCCAAGCUAGUAUUGCUAAACUCACUGAACAGCUCAAAAUAGCAGAGAAAAUCGCCAACUCUUUCAAGACACAAAAAGAGGAAACAGAAAAAGAGGUCCAAACUCUGACGAAAAAAUUAGUUAAAACAAAGAAUCUUUUGAAAGUAAAAGAAGCCAGUGUAGUUUCAUUGGGAAAAAAGCUGCUUGGACCUACAUAUAUACCAAGAUUAGCUAAAGAAUCAGAACAAAUCUUGAAGGCAAUGUCUACUUCAGCAACAACGGGUCUCACAAGAGCGGAAUCUAUUGCUCUGGAGAAACAGAAGCUAAUAGAAAAGGAAAAAGAAAUAGCUGAAAAGUUAAUCAAAUUAAAAGAGCUAAAAAAUUCAGAGCAGAAGGACACACCUAACAGUGUUGUCAUUGUGAAGUCUAAAUCUAGUGCCAGAUCUCAAGAUUUAAUUAGAAUUGAUUCAAAUGCCAAGCCCGACUUUGUGACCAAGAACCGUAGGAGGUCUUUGAUUGACAUAACAGCAUGCAAUACUCCUAACAUUCCCAUGACACCUCGGAGUAAGCUGAAGGAAAAACAGGCACUCAGAGAUGUUCCUAAGCCAGUCCCUGACCAGGAAGAGACAACAUUUAAGAUGCCCUCUGGUACACAACUGAAUCACUUAUGUAAACUUCAGGCUGAGAAAAUGGAAAAAUACCUAAAAGGUUUGAAUUACAUCUCUUUUAAUCAACCAUUAACAAGCCUUGUAAAGAGUUCCUCUCCUCACUUGAAGCUGUGUUUAGAAGAUCACAAAGAUAAAGGGAGACAUGAGUGGAGUAGACUGUCAACUCCACUUACAUACACAAGUUCACUGCUGAUGUUCAAAUCUUACAGAUUGAGCUCUUUUUUCCGAACAAAGGAAAAUUUAGGUUUCCAGAGUGUCACAUAUUCUAACAAAAUCAACCCAGAUUGUGUUUUCUGUCCAUAUGACUUGCAGGGAACUUGUAAUGAUGAUUCCUGCCAACAGCAACAUCCCAAAGACUACAUACUGACUGAAAAAGAACUACUAGAAGAUAUUGUUUCUUACUGUCCAGAGUUGGCAGGUGUCAAAGAAAAGGCUACCCCUCUUGAAAUAGAAAAGUGUAUUGGUUCUUAUGUCGAGAAUGUGUUAGCUAAAAGUAAAGGUAAGAUUACAACAGAUGAACUCUGUCUCUGGUUAUCAUCAGAAGUCAAGUCUGCUGCUAAGAAGAGUCCUCCUCAUAUGAUUAAUUUAGAAUCAAGAAGUUGGAAACCCCAGUCCAAGAAAGAAACAGGCUUGAGCUUACAUCUAAACCAAAGAUUAACUAAACAAGGAGUUGAAUCUAUCAAUACAGAAAAAGUUGUUGAUAAGGAUGUUGUUAUCAAUGAGGAAGACAUUCGCUAUUUUACUGCGGACAGCACAGACCUUCUCUCUCUUGAGGCAGAGAUUAUGGAAGAUAAAACAAAGUCAGAGCUUUGGCAGAGGCUGGCGCAUAAGAAGUUGACUGAUCCUAACAGGUCUCCAGUGGAAUGUUUGGAUCAAGCUUUAAAUGUUUUGGCUCGUGGGCUGGAAGAGAACCGACAAGACUCCAUUUUGUGGCUCAGUUACUUACAGUUGUACAGGAAGCAUCCUGAAGCUCAGAAUUUCCUUCAGUUUUGUCAGACUGCCCUAGAUUUAGCUCCAUCCUAUGACUUAUGGUUUUUGUUCAUAUCAUCACUGCAUACAUUCACUGAGAAAGAUGAGGCAUGCACUCAAGCGUUAGAGUAUUUAUGGAAGAGGUCAGAACAGAAUAUUGGGGCACUUCAGCAACAAACACUACAGAAUUCUGAGUUAACUUUAAACAAUACAACUAUUGUUGACAAGUCAGAGGAUUCUUUUGGUGAGAGAGACACUGUUAACCAAGAUGUUGAAAUGACAGCAUCUGACCAAAGUGGACCACAUACUAUACAGAAAUUGAAGGACAGAAUAGAUCAGCAUCUAGACAGUGUACCCAGGAGUCUGGCUUCACUUGAUGUUCCUAGUUUAAAUGUCUCAAGACAUAGCAUGACGACUAAAGUCACUGAGGUGGACAGUAAGGCUUCCCAUGAGCUCCUCGAGAUGAUACUCCUUAAAGCUGGUCUGAACUUACAAGCUGGCAAAUUGAAAACAGCUCUUCACUUUAUACAGGGUGUUCUGUGUUUAAAAAAGGUUGACCAGUGGUCCAUCAAGUUUUCCAAAUUGUUAUCAGUUUCUGACCAACUGUCCCUUUGGCUGGUCUACUUGUAUGUCCUGGAGUUUCACCAUCUACCUCCUAUGUUGUAUAGUGACUUCAAUCAGAAUCCUGGGAAACUAAUGUCAAAGGACACCAUUUCAAUUCCCUGGACAUCCAAACCAACUCUUCACACUCCACUGGACACUUUAGUCAAGUUAUACAAAAAGGCUUUUGAAGUUUGGGAUCAAAGUGAGAAAGAUUCUGGUUCUACAUCACUGUACAUCCGACUUGUCCAGUCUUUGGUCCAGCUUCUAGUGUCUCAGGGAAAAUUUUCUGAGUCAGUGUCAGCCUGCAGACAUGCUCUCAAAGAAAACAGGCAGUUAGUUGAUCUCUGGUUGUUAUUAGCGGACUUGUUUGCUUCCAAUCAUGACAUCAAUGCUGUGAAACAGGUGUUCCAGGAAGCUUUAGAUGCCAACAAGUAUUGUACCAAGCUACAGUUUUACCUGAAUCUGUUCCUGACAGUGAAGGGUGAAGCUGAUACUGCUCUGCUGAACUUAGAACAGUUUGUUAUGUCACAUUUUGAGUCCAGCAAUUCAAAUCUGCACUUGUGUGAUCCAACAGUAUUAUAUAGCCAAUUAUUGAAGCAAGACGAAGCCUUUGGUUUACAGAUGCCUGUGGUAAAAGAUGAUCUAGCAAGUAACUUAGCUAAAGACAUUUACAUGUGGCUGUGUUACAAUUUACUGAUGGAGUUGGAAGGUGAUGUUACACAGUGUAGUGAAGUCUAUGAGAAAAUGUUAACACACGCUGAGACACGAAAUGAUCUCCUUGUAAUCUGGCAGAACUACAUUCAGUAUAUGGUGAGAACAAAGUCUGAACACAGAAACAUUCGUGAUCUUGUCUGUCGCUCACUGCUGUACAUGCCAGUGAAGCGCCUCAUGCCUUUCAAUUCAUCUACAUCAGCAACAUGGCAUGACUACAGCCAUGCCAACCAGCUAGUGGAGAUGUGGUUGUCAGUUUUGCCAGACCCAGUUAAGCUAGAUCUGAUGGAGAUGUGUCUGGGAUGUUUGCCUGGAGAUAUAGACCUGCUUCUCAGAGUUGUUGAACUUUGUCUUGAGCUGAAAGAGACUAGACGGGCAUACAGUCUAUGUAAGACGGUGGCCUUGCAGGCAGAGAAGCCAGCUAAUGGAGCAUUCUGGAAAAUGGCACUUGCACUUGCUCAGAGAGAAGGAACACAAAGAGAGGUGGAGCAGAUGUUGGUUGGCUGUGUUGAAACGAUGCCAUUGGCUGUAGCAGGAUGGAAAGAUUUUCUUCUAAUGGAGGUUACCUGUGAGAACUCUGGAGCCAUUGAAGUGUUGUUGAAACAUUGUCAGCAGCUAGGAUUAAACAUUGACGGAUUUGUUUCCACAAUUUCUGCUCCUGCAGGGGGUACAAAGUAAGUCUUAAGGUCAGGUUUACUUUCUCUCUGAGAUUGGACACACUUGCAGACCAAAAUGACAUUUUACAUGACAUUUUGUGUUGUUUUGACAUGUUUGUUUAGCUUAUGCAGCUAUACAAAAUCAAUAUUCAAUACCAUGUAGUGGUUUUGUUUCAACUGAGAGCAACUACAGAUGACACCCUGAAACUUACAAGCAGUAAGAAGCAUCUGUUUUGGAACCAUCUUAUAAUGGUUGGAUUCAAAGUGUCUAAUAUCAAUGGCAUGUUCCAUCCAAUCAGCUGAUCAAUCACAGUAAGUAUAAUCUUAGAUGGCUGCCUCAUUGUUUACAUGUCUUGUUGUCUUGAUGGUGAUGGGCAAGACACAGAACUGAAUGGAUGCAUUGUACUGCUUUGAUUGAUAUAACAACUGUGUUAGUUUUAGUUUUCAUCAAUCAAUUAAUACAUGCACACAUCUUGGUUGACAUAGGAAAUGCUAAUGUUUUUAAAGAAGCCUUUUAUGUCAAGAACAAGACAAACAUUGAGUUUGAUUAAAUUAAAAAAAAAAAAGCCAGACUUUGUUAUCUGGCAGCCUUGACUUUAACCUGUAGCUAUAAAUGUUUAAUCUAUCUUACUUAAGUACUACUGUACUUAAAGCCAAUGGCUGCACAAUCAUAUUUUUAAAGCAAUUUUAAAAAAACUCAAUAUGUCUUCUAAUAUUAAUCAUUCAGCAAGAAAUGAACAUUUCCCUGCUAGUGAUUCGACUGCUGAACUGUGUUAAACUUUACUUCCAACUUUUUGUUUCAUUCAGUAAGUGUGAUUCAAUUUGAUCACUUGAUAUUUCUACUGCUGUACACUUGCUAUUGUUUUAGUUUAUAAUUUUAUUUUAUACCGCUAGUUGAAAUUUUGUUAUAGCUCUAAAUGCUGUUUUAAUUGUUUCUAAUUAUAUUUUUUUUCCAUAUUUUCAUCCUGUGUUUUGUAGAUAUGUUUAUCAUAUCUUGAUAUUAUCAACAUCUGUCAAUUGUGUAUGACUGUUCGGAUGUAAGUUAUUUUAAUCAUGAGUGUUUGAUUGCCACUAGUAUGACAUUUUAGGUAACUAUUUAGUUCUCUCUAUUCUCCCAUUCUGCAUUUUAUUUUUUUAAAUAACUAUUUUUAACCAGACGUUUACUGUUUCAAGUGAUUUUGAUAGUUGGCUGUUAUUUUGUGAACAUAAUUCAGUAAUAUUUGAAAAGAGAUAUGGUAUCAGGUGGUGGAAGCUGUAAUGAACGUCAGAUGAACAUUGGUAUUGAUACUUCAAAUUGAACACUGCUGUAGUUCCCUUCCUCUUGUGUUGUCUUGUAAGACCUGGCUGAACUGCUGAAGUUGUUUUCAUUGAGUCCUGACUAGCAGCAAUCAAGUUAUUUGUCUUUCAACUUUGAUAUUAUCAAAUAGAGUCUCAGUUACAUGGCAUCAGAGGUUAAGUACCACUAGUCACAUACAUGACAUCAGAGGUUAAGUACCACUUGUCACAUGCAUUCUUUCUUCUUCUUCAUCGUUCUCAUUGUUAUGUUGGAGUGUUCAUAUGACUAGACCAAUACAUGAGAUGAACUGCGCAGUCACAUGCAUGACAUCAAACCUCUAGCACCACUAGAUUGGAGUGCUAUGUGUGUUGCAACCAAACCCUAUCAUUUUUUGUGUCCACUUCUAGAUUUGG